AUGAGUGUUGGCAUGGAACCUCUGGCUGCAAAGUCCUGCUCACCCUCUGAGCCACUCCUGAAAGCUGGGCUUCCCCCUGAAGCCAGAGAGCAUCUUCAGAAGGUCUCAGCCAAAAUGAGCGAAGCUCCUUCCACCAGUUUUUCCAUGAUUUAUCCGACUUCUUCAGAAGGUCAAGGUCUUUCCCCUCGCCAUUUCAGCGUCACUCAACCUGUUGUAGCCAAAAAGAUCAGCUUCUACAAGAGCGGAGACCCGCAAUUUGGUGGAGUCAGGGUGGUGGUCAACCCUCGUUCCUUUAAGACAUUUGAUGCUUUGCUGGAUAACUUGUCAAGGAAGGUGCCGCUACCUUUCGGGGUGAGGAACAUCAGCACCCCUCGAGGAAGGCACAGCAUCACUAGUCUAGAGGAGCUGGAGGACGGCGAGUCGUACCUGUGUUCUCAUGGUAGGAAGGUGCAGCCGGUGGACCUGGACAAGGCCCGCCGGCGCCCGCGGCCCUGGCACAGCAGCCUGGCCCUCACCGCGCACGCGCACCGCUCCCCUGCCGCCGCCGCUCCCGGCAUGCUGCGCGCCCCGCGGAGGCUCGUGGUCUUCAGGAAUGGCGACCCGAAGAUAAGGCGCGUGGUCGUUCUGAACAAGAGGGUCACCCCGAGCUUCGAGGCCUUUCUGCAGCACCUGACAGAGGUCAUGAAGCACCCGGUUACCAAGCUGUACGCUACGGAUGGAAGGAAGGUUCCCAGUCUCCAGGCCGUGAUCCUGAGCUCUGGAGCUGUGGUGGCAGCAGGAAGGGAGCCAUUUAAACCAGGAGAUUAUGACGUCCAAAAGUACUUGCUUCCUGCUAGAUUACCGGGGAUCUCUCAUCGUGUGUACCCCAAGGGAAAUGUUAGGUCAGAAAUCAGAAGGAGUGGUAACUGGAAAGUUGCCAUAAUCACCAGUGACUUGCCAAAUGCAGGGACCAGCUCACAGAUUUAUAUUAUACUAUAUGGACACCAUAGAUGUUCAGCCCCCAUAUAUCUUUAUGGAACAGAUGGAGUUCGAUUUCAGAGUGGCCAUGAAGACAUCUUUACUAUCAUGGUUGGAGACAUUGGAACACUCUUUAAGAUUCGUAUUGGUCAUACCAACUCUGGACUCUCCCCUUCCUGGCACUGUAAAGAGAUACAAUUGUGGAACAUGAAUUCUAGAAGAGAGUUUUAUAUACCUGUUCAACGAUGGUUGGCACGAGAUCAAGAGGAUGGGGAAAUCUGUCGAGAAUUUCCUGUUUUAAACAAAGGACAACCCAUCCUGCCAGUGACAGUAUAUGAAGUGCACGUGGCAACGGGUGAGCUUUGGAAUGCUGGAACAGUAGCGAAUGUCUACAUGUCUGUCUAUGGGGAAAAGGGAGAUACAGGAUCCAGACAACUAUUUAGAUUGAAGAGCUCCUUCAGUUUUUUAAGAGGACAAACUGACACCUUCUCCCUGGAAGCUGUGCACCUUGGGGAUUUGUACAAGAUUGUCAUAGGCCAUGAUGGGCUCGGCCCAGGAAAUGGCUGGUUUCUUGAAGAUGUUGUAGUCAAGGAUCCCACGACGAACCAUGAAUAUGCCUUCCUCUGUCACAGAUGGCUGGAUCAAGGAGAAGAUGAUGGCAAAAUUGUCAGAGAACUGUAUGGCAGGGAUAAUAGUGUCAUCUUUGCAAGGCAGAAGCUAGAACUUCGUAGAAAAGAAACAUGGACUGCAGAAAACUGGAAGUUUAUGAAAGGAAAUACUCUUCAAUUCUACAACAGGCUUACUGGAGGAUUUGUCCGUCUACAUCCAGAUGGCACGGUUGAUGCAGUUGGAGAGAAGACAGACAAAUAUGGUAAAAUCUUUGGGCAAAGCAUGUGGUACUGUGGCAGGUUUGGGAGCUGGAGUAAGGUGGAUUUCUAG